AUGGUGUGGAAGUGGCGUAAUGAAGAUGGUAUUGGCUGGAGGAUGAAUGAGAUUGAUUCUCUCGUAACUAAUGAAGAGAGGGAGGCCAUUUCGAAGAUUAGAUGUAGUGAGAAUGGCUGCCUGGAUUUUCUAGCAUGGAAUCACACAAAGAAUGGCAAGAACUCACUUCAAAAAUGGAUGCGAGCGACACAAAACUUACCUUGCUAUCCACGAGACGACAUUGAGGCUAAUUCGGAUGCAGCCAUUAGGGAAGGGUGUCGUGGGUUAGGUGUUGUGGUCAGGGAUGAGGUGGGAUACGUUCUCAUGGCAGCGGGUGAGAGGAUGGAAGGGGUGUGGUAUCCUCAAGAGGCGGAAGCCCAUGCCAUUCUUUUUGGUAUGCGGCUCGCGUUUGAUGUUGGGUUUAGAAGUCUUGAAGUGGAAUCGAAUUGCGUACAAGGGAUCAAUAUCCUAAAUGGGAUGAGAGCCCGAAGUUGCACCCAAGUUAUUGUUGAUGAUGUUUUAGCCUUAAAGAACUCUUUUAAUUUUUGUUCUUUUUCUCAUGUUAAUCGUUUGUGUAAUAAGGUGGCCCACCACUAUAUGGCUCAAUUCUCGAUCUCUUUGUUUGAGAUGAGAGUUUGGAUGGAGGACCACCCUGCUGAACUUUUUUCUCUUGUCCUUGCGGACAAGAUGCUUAUUGAUUAA